AUGACUGGAAUCCACUGGAAUCCACUGGACUCUGACUGGACUCAUAGUCCAGUGGACUGGGACUGGACUCAGGAAAGUGGCUGGGAGUCCAGUGGGACUCCAGUGGGAGUCCAGUGGACUGGACUGGACUGGACUGGACUCCAGUGGACUGGGCAUUCUGCCAGCCAAUCUGGCCUGGUAAGAGGGCCACUGGAAUCCACUGGAAUCCACUGGAGUCCACUGGAGUCCAUAUGGAUUACGUGGGGGAGGGUAAAGACCUCCAACCAUGUCAUUACUGUCCUUCAGCACAUGGACUUAGAGCUCAAGCUUUUCGAAGUUGUCAAUGCUGAGUACAAGACUGUUGCUGACUUGCUCAAAGAUUAUGAGGAAAUCGAGGCUUUUCUCGCUUAA